AUGAAGCUUUCAAUUGGUACAUUGGCUGCAGUUUCUUCCUUUUUGUCUGCUGCUACUGCUAGCCCAGACGGAGAAGCGUCGCUCAGCGAAAUCUGGGGUGAAGCAUGGCCUUUCCAAGGCAUCAACACUUUUGCCCAUCUUCCUAGCCACAAUUGUCUUGCUGAACGGGACCUUCAGUAUGAUAUUGCUCUUAUUGGUGUUCCCUUUGAUACAGCCGUGUCUUAUCGUCCAGGAGCCAGGUUUGGUCCUAGAGCUAUCAGGGCUGCUUCUCAAAGACAGACUUCGCUUCGUGGGUUCAAUCCUCGUGCGUUGUAUAACCCUUAUAAGGAAUGGGCUUCUGUGGUGGAUUGUGGUGACAUUCCAGUGAGUCCUAUGGAUAAUGUAUUGGCGUUUGAGCAAAUGACUGUGGGGUUUGAGGAACUCUUGUUUGAGCAUGAUCUGAACAAGGAAGCUGCCAAACCUAGGUACAUUGCAUUGGGAGGUGAUCAUCUGGUGCUUUUGCCCCACAUCAGAGCACUCUAUAAGCUUUACGGGCCUUUGAACGUGAUCCACUUUGAUGCUCAUCUUGAUACUUGGAAGCCUGACAAGUAUCCUAGUUACUGGCACACCAAGCAGCUGGAGGUGAGCCACGGCCUGAUGCUCUGGAAAGCGUACGAGGAGGGCCUUACCACGAAGAACAAUGUUCAUGCUGGUCUUCGUACGAAGCUUUGUGGUGCUGAGGAUUGGGAGGAUGAUGAUGAACAAGGAUGGUUGAGAAUCUCUGCUGAUGACGUUUGGCUUAACGGUGCUGACUAUGUGGUGAAACAGAUUCUCAAGAGAAUCCCUAAAAACUCGCCAACGUACAUUUCUGUGGAUAUUGACGUUUUGGACCCUGCCUUUGCUUCUGGUACGGGUACUCAAGAACCUGGUGGAUGGUUGCCUCGUGAAUUGAUCCACAUUUUACGUGGAAUUGAAUCUCUUCAGCUUGUAGGUGCUGAUGUUGUCGAGGUCAGCCCAGCUUACGACCAUGCUGAAGUUACAGCUACGAACGGUGCUCAGGUUGCGUAUGAGUUGAUCACAUCUAUGGCAAAGACUGGACCUUUGAAGCUUCCAUUCACACUGGGUUUGAAAGCGGAAUACAAGAGACUGGCAGAACAAAAACAAAAGGCUUUUGAGGCUGUUGACGCAACCAUUUUGAAUAUCGAUACUGGAGAUGAGAAUGCUCAACAAGUGCUUGCCAAACGUGCCCUGGAGUUGGAGAAGCUGCUUGCAGACAUUAAAGAAUUGCAAAAGCUGGCGGGAGGUAAUUAA